UGCAGAGCUAAGCCGUGUGGGUUUUGAAUGGUGUAAAUCUGGACGCUGUGUGGCUUUUCUCACUGUAAUCAUCUUAUUCAGCCACGCAAAAAAACCGCAGAGAACCUCAGUCAUGAAGAACUGUUCGUUGGCUGAACGUGUGCAGCAUUUACCGAUGCGUUGUGUGCCCAUUCGAGGAAACACUCACAAGCUUUAGGAAAGCAGUCCGUGUGCACAAAUGACUGAUCCCACAGCGAAGCUGGAAAUAUGUAGUUGUACACUAUCAGGCCAUGACUCCCUAAGCCACAAAACUUCACUGGAUUCCUGAAGGUGAAGCGUGUCUGACAGCAAGAUGUUUGCAGCGGAAACUUUUGGCCUUCUCAUAACUAUUGUGCAUGCAAUAAGUUGGGACUUUGCAGAACAGGAGAGAUUUUCACCAUGAAGGGCCCCAGCUCCAAAUGGGCCUUCUCACUUGGCUUAGUGGUGGGAACCUGCAGUAUGUACUUCUUCCUGCAUCAGCUGUGGUUCGAGCGAAGCUACCCUGUGCUCUCUGAGGCUCAGGAGACAGCCACAGUAGCAGGGGAGCGGCCAACCAUUUGGAGGAGAGAAGGAGGCGCACUCAUCAACCUGCUCCACCCUCACCAAGCAGAUGAAGACAGCAAGGUGGCAGACAUGCUGUUCCAGAGGGUUCGCAUUCUCUGCUGGGUAAUGACAAGGCCAUAUAACCUCGAGAGCAGGGCCAGCCAUGUCCGAGCCACCUGGAGUCGGCACUGCAACAUUGUGGUGUUCAUGAGCUCCGUGGAAGACCCCUCCUUUCCCACUGUGGGGCUGGGCACCAAAGAGGGCCGCGACCAGCUCUACUGGAAAACCAUCCGAGCCUUCCAGUAUGUCUACGAGCAUCACGUGAAUGAAGCAGACUGGUUCCUUAAAGCUGAUGAUGACACCUUUGUGGUGGUCGAUAACCUGCGUUGGCUUCUGUCCAACCACACUCCUGAAGAGCCUAUCUAUUUUGGUAAACGCUUUAAGCCGUACACCAAACAAGGCUAUAUGAGUGGAGGUGCGGGGUACGUGCUCAGCAAGGAGGCCCUUAGAAGGUUUGUCGAAGGUUUCCAGACCAAGGCUUGCACACACACCACCCCUGUUGAAGAUCUGGCCUUGGGGCAGUGUUUGGAGAAGAUGGGUGUUCUGGCAGGGGACUCUAGAGACACGUUGCAUCGGGAAACCUUUCACCCGUUUGUGCCGGAGCACCAUCUCACCACAAAGUUCUCCAAGAGCUUCUGGUAUUGGAGUUAUUGUUUCUACCCGAUUGUUGAGGGUCCACAGUGCUGCUCGGACCUGGCCGUGUCAUUCCAUUAUGUGGAAGCAGAGCUGAUGUAUACUCUGGAGUAUUACACCUACCACCUGAGAGCUUAUGGCUACGUACCACGCUACCUGCCCUCCGCGCACCGCAGGCCGAGACUGCACCCGCAGACGAAGAUGGCCGCUGCUGUGAGCGUUACAAUGUCUCAGGAGGUGAUGGACACAACCAAUCGCACAGCCCCUGUUCUGCUUGUGAACAGAAACCGAACCAUAGAACCGACACUAGCAGAGAGGGGCAGGAAAGAAGAUGCUGAUUUUAAUUUACCCAUAAAUAAGACUGUAAGCGCACAAGGCAGCCAUCACUGAUUCCAGACGCUGCUGAAGAAUCUUCAACUGCUGUUUAUCUGCUCUGGUUACAGCUUCUUCCACACCAUGACAAGGUGAUCAAAGCCAGAAUGGAGACUUUUUGCCCUCAAAAGGUUUGCUGCUCUGUGAAGUAUAUUGGCCACGGUAAUAUUAUAAUACCCCCUUGGAUAUAAUCUCAGAAUAUUUCACAGUAUUUCUCAGACAGCGCUCCCAGUGGGAGUGGAGACAAAUUAGUUACGGCUCAGUGGCAGCUGCGUAUUGCCUGGGUAUAUUUUUACCUAACGUAAAAACAUGCUUUUUGCUUAAUCAUGUUUGACUGCGCCUGGGUUUGUGACCAAAUCAGCGAUGUUGUAGUGAUGCAGAAACAUUUUCACUUAUGUCAUCAUUAAUUUUAUGUUAUUUUUCUUAUUAAAUGGAGAGCAGCAGUACAUUGUGAAACUGUGAAGUAUCCAGGAUUUUUAUGGACACUUUGAUUUUAACUAAUUAAUUAUGAACUUCUUUUUCUAUUUUAACCUUUUAAACCACAAGCACAAAUAAAC